AUGUUAUUAUCGCGUCAUCCAACGACGACCUUGCUUUUAUCAUUAUUAUGUUGCUUGUAUGCGACCUCGAACGGUCAAAUUGUGGGUCAAGCAUCGGUCGGCGAACUGUAUACAUUUAAAAUUGAACCAUCGAUGUUCAAUUGGACCCAUCAGGUGAUUAAUGAACAAUUCCGCUAUACACCAUCGUUGAAAUCAUAUCCCGAUUUACCAUCAUGGAUGCGUUAUAUGUAUAGUCAUGAACAUCAUGCCGGUUUCUUGUACGGGACACCACCAGCCCGUUUGGCUGGUAAGAAAAUUACGCUGGAAAUUGUGGCAUUGAAUAAACAAAAUUAUGAGACAAGAAAUGCCCAACUGGACAUAGCGAUUGCUUCGAAGUUCCAUGCUCCCAAUGUUGUACAAAUGAAAAUUGACAACUUGAAUUGGGUACAUUUAAUGGACCCUGGAAGGGUUGAGAAUUUACGUAAUAUUUUCCGUAAAGAUCUAUGGCCGGAGAGUGAGGCAGAUUUGAGUUUGGUUUUCAUGGAAUCGGCAGUGAAUAUGGGUGGACGUUUGCCGUUGAGGCCUCAACAGCAUGAGGGGGUUAUUGUCCACCUGGGUAGUUUUGCCAAAUUCUCGGAACGCCUAAAUCAGUUGCAGGAAGAAGUGAGACCCCUCUAUAAACUGCCCUCGUGUACUUAUAAACGUACCUCGGUACAGAAAAUCUUUGAAAAUGUUGGUUUCAAGCUGGAUUGGUGUGCCUUUAAAAUGGUAGGCACUGAUUCGGCACCCGAAGUUCUACAUCACAAUCAUGAUUCGGCGGCUGCUAAUGGCAAUAACAAUAAUAAUAACAACAAUAGAGUUAUUGGUCACAGUGAAAUGUUAAAUUUGAAAAGGCGUACAGAUCGUUGGCAUGGUAUGGCUCGUGAGGAUGUUCCCAUACGAAAUUAUAUUGAUGAAUUCGCUUUUGCCUUUGCCAUACCGACAGUGCUCUUUGGACUGCUAUGUGGUAUACUAACGGCCACGUUGUGCUUCAGACAUCAGAAAUUACACGAUCCAAAAUCGGAAUUCUUUUUUGAUAAUAUUUUUCAUAUAUGUGAAGAAGAGUGUUUAGAAUCGUCACAUGGUUCUGAUACAGAUUCUAAGCAAGAAGAUCAAGAAAGCUACAAGGAAACUUAUCCCACAACAUCAUCCACGGUACAAAUGGUACAGUAUUCCGAUACAAAUUCUCAACCGGUUACCACUUUGAAAAGUCUUAAGGAUCCCAAUUGUCUGUUGGAUAAUACCAGUGUUCGCUCACAAAGUCCCACCAGUUUCUAUCAAACUGAGAGUCCAUCUAAUACAUACCUAAGGCCAAAGCCACCACCAUAUAAGGGCGGCACUCUAACACGUAGCGGUGGUGUGGAUAUAUGACAACCAACUUCGACUAGUCCACGUAUUUUGUAC